UCUAGUCAGUAGCGAACAGCGAUACGUGGUUUGUGAACGAAUGAUGUACGCGCAAAUAACGAAUUAAUUCGAAUUUCAAAACGAAUUUGACAGUUUGUCAUCCCUCAUUCUUGACAUAAAUUUUUCCGUGGGUUGUGGCUUUCUUUAUUGAACCUGUGAAUUAGUGGAGUACGAAAUGAAUUUUUAUUAUUGUGAAGUGUUUUUAAGUGAAAUGUUGUCUUGAGGGGCAAUGCUUGUGGGAGAGCAGUCGCCGGCACCGCGGGUGGUGGCCGGUUUGCGAAAAUUACGACCAGAAUUGACACCAGGACCAAUACCUUCUCCGGCAGAUCCUAACCUUAGGAUAUCAGGUGUUCUAAGACAGUAUUACAAUGACGAUAACGUUUCCUGGGCCUGGGUUCGGUGUGCAGUACGUAGCGGGUGUCUGUUAGCCUGGAGAGAUGGUACUAUACCCAGGAGACCUGCCGCGAGGCUGCCCCUCAGACAUUUGCACCUUCGGUGUGCCCCAAAUCUGCUCAACGCCUUCCAGCUCUCUCGUCUUCGGGAUGACGCCACCGUCGCCACAUUUCAGGCUUGCAAUGCGACGGAAUACGCCCGAUGGGUGCGAGCGCUGUGCGUUGAAAUACUUGGACAGACGCCAUUACCCCAAGUUAGGUUUCUCGAUGUCUUGCCAGCGGCUGACACAAACCAUUCUUAUCGCAAACCAAAGACAACGCAGCAGGAAACGCCAACGUGUCCUCCCAGACCACCCCCCAGAGCAAGACGGAGAUUAAUAACUAUGUCCGAAACUCAUCUACCUCGAAGAGAUCAUUCACCUGCUGCGACGGAUGAGGGCAUCGUCGUAGAAGACGACGAUUACGACUCAUCGUCUGAUCGCAGCCUCGACCUAUCGCUAUCUGUUGAUGGACUGAAAACUAUAGAUGUCAUUGACGCACCACAAAAAACCGAAAUAAAAUGUGACAAUUGCAGUAAACUUAGCAAAAGUCCUCGUCACACACUUCCCAGAGCAAGGUCGACUGAUACAGAAUUAGGACGACACCGAUAUCUAAAACGCUGGGAGGGCACGACAGGUGGGGCAGAAAGGGGGAGGUAUGCCAUGGAAAUGGCUAGGCGGAAGACGGCAUCCCUAGAGAACCGUGCAAGAUCAUGCUCACCAAAUUCUCAUGAAGUAGUAUCAAAAUAUGUCCCGGUAAGAGAGAGGCGGGCGUUGUUCGAGUCAUUGUCACAGACUGGGGGCAGCUUGGCGCGGAGUAGUGAGCAGCUGGCUCGGCCAGUGGUUGUGACGGAGACUCCUCGGCGGGCGGCAUCAUUACACGACCUUCAGGCACCUCCGACGAGGUCAGUUAGCGACUUGAGGCAAUUCUUCGAGGCGGUGGCGCGCGGUGCGGGUUGCUCCGACGCGCGUUUUAGCGCCAAUCCCGUGCCGCGCGCCUUCGUAUCGCUCACGUGCGCUUGACCGAUUUUGUAAAUAUUGUAUAGACUCACGGUGUAGACCACCGCUGACAGAAGUCGUUUGUUUUAAGACUGUUAAAGUAUUGUUAAAGUACCUAAUAUAAAUAAAGAUGUAUUAUUAUUCUU